CUCUCUACGUCUUCUCUAACAGUCUAACGCAGUCUUUUCAGUUUUCACAGUUUCAGGGAGCCAAAACCUCUCUCAGUCAUGGCUUCGAACCGCUCCCCGUUCCCAAACAGAAAUAAAAUAUCUUUCUGCUAACAAAAAACCAACCAUGGCUUCUCGCUUUGACCAUCCUCCUUCCCCGCACCACAGUUUUAAGAUCUGCAACUCUCUUUUAAAAGCACCUGCCUUGAUCGGAGCCAACCACACCUCCGCUCGAUUCUGCUCUCGCUAAACCAUACACUAUACCCUUCUUCC